AUGGUUAGCAACGAAAUGAGCAAGAACUUUGAGAUCGCCAUCAUCGGAGCCGGCAUUUCUGGCACCACUCUGGCCAUUGCCCUACACCAUCGCGGCCUUAAUGUAACAGUCUACGAAGCAGCACAUGCCUUUGGUGAGAUUGGCGCUGGGGUCUCGUUCAGCCCUAAUGCCGUUCAGGCCAUGAAAAUCUGCCAUGACGGUGUCUAUGAAGCCUUUGAGGAAGUAUGUACGCGAAACAAGUGGUCAUCCAAACAGAAAGUCUGGUUCAACUACGUGGAUGGAUACAACAAGACCAAAAGCGAUGGAAGUGAGUUGAAAGCCGAUGAACAGCCAGAUAUUGCUUUCACAAUCCACAACAGUCUAGGGCAAACCGCUGUGCAUCGGGCGCGUUUCCUAGAUGAAAUGGUCCACCUUCUCCCCAAGGGAAUCGCUCAUUUCGGGAAACGGUUAUGUGGUAUCACGGAACCUGCGAACGAUGAGGGAAAGCUAGUCAUGCAUUUUACCGACGGUACAUCCGCCGAAACAGAUGCAGUUAUUGGUUGCGAUGGUAUCAAGUCUGCUGUGCGACGCUGUUUGUUUGGUGAAGAUAGUCCCUCGGCUUGGCCUAGUUAUACGCAUAAGUAUGCCUAUCGCGGACUGAUUUCGACGAGAGAUGCAGUUGCAGCCAUUGGAAGCGAGGUGGCAGAGAAUUCGUUUAUGCAUAUGGGGCCGAAUGGACAUAUUUUGACAUUCCCAGUUGACAAGGGCGAGACAUUGAAUCUAGUCGCGUUCCGUACCACUUCUGCCAACUGGGAAGAUCCAUCUCGACUGACCAAGCCAGCUCAUCAGGAUGAUCUCCUACGAGAUUUUGAAGGCUGGGCGCCAUACAUUCAGAAACUUUUGAAACUUACCAAGCCUGACCUGGACAUUUGGGCAAUUUUCGACCUGGGCAACAACCCAGUCCCUACUUUCUGCAAAGGACGAGUCUGCAUCAUCGGCGACGCAGCACACGCAACAUCCCCUCACCACGGUUCCGGCGCCGGCUUUUGCAUUGAAAGUAGCGCAAUCCUCGCCUCUCUGCUCGCCUCAGACAAAGUCCAAACCGUCUCGGAUAUCCGCGCCGUCUUUGAGACCUUUGACGCCGUUCGUCGUGAACGGUGCCAGUGGCUUGUGCAAAGUAGUCGGUUUAUAGGUGAUUGCUAUGAGUGGCGCGCUGAUGGGGUUGGCAAGGAUUUUGAGAUUAUUGAGCGGGAAAUCAAUGUGAGAUAUGGUAUUAUUGCCAAUGUGGAUGUGGAGAAGAUGUGUAGGGAGGCCGUGGAAGAUUUCAAUAAAAGGGUAUCUGCCUAA